AUGAGAUGGGUCUUGGAAAGACCAUUCAGGCUGGUGACGAAAUCGACGGUUGAUGAGAACAUCUACGAGAUUGCGAAGCGGAAACUUGUUCUUGAUGCGGCGGUUCUAGAGUCUGGAGUUCACGUAGAUGACGACGGACACACGCUUGAGAAAACCAUGCAUGGGAGAGAUUCUCGCUUCUCUUCUCAUGGGACAUGGGAUAACGACUCUUUUUUUUUUUUUUUUGGAGGUAAAAUUAGCCAAGAAACGAAAGUGUUACUGGAAACAUGUGUAACAUUAGCUUAUAGACUUGAGUUAACAUAG